CCUCCUGCUCUUACUCUCUCUUCUCUCUUCUCCUUUUCUCUUUUCCUUUCUCCCCUUCCCUCCCCUUCCCUCUUCUUCUCUUCCCUUUUCGUCACCUUCUCUCUCCCCGUCCCCGUCACCCGUCUCUUCAGGAGGGCCAGUCACCUGAGCUUGGCACUAUUUCGCUGGACCCAAAAACGUCAUCGUCUCCAGCCCCAAACCUUGGCCGCGCUAGGCAGACGGAUUAGACCGCGCGGGCUUUCCAUCGUCAUUUCCACCUUCGCCCCGUUUUGGCGGUGGUUUAUAUAAAAUCCAUGAGCGCCCAACGACGGUGAACCCACCCCUGUGCUCGACUGAUUCAAUCGGUCCCUCGUUCAUCGCGAAGAUGGCCUCCACGGACCCCUCUCUCCUCAACGGAGUUCAGUCACCCGCCCGCCCCGCGCCCUCCCAGACCUCCUCCAACUCCACUCCAGGUCAAUUCCUCACCGGCAAGCAGGAACACUACCUCAAGCGCGAACUCAUCUCCCGCCAGGUUGAGAGCGAAAUCGCCGAGCUAAACUCGCCCACCGCGCUCAAGCGCUUCGGUGCCCCCUUCAAGUCGGACUUUGGGGAAGUGGCCCCCGUCGACUCGGAACUCCCCAUUCUACGAUACAUUUUCGUGCACCAUGUGCGCAACUUCCCAUUCCUCGACCAGGCGCGCGAGAAGGAGUUCUGGCAAGAUAAAUUGCAGGUGUUCCUGGAGUCCUUUGCAAAGAAGCAUGUGUCGUCCUCGGAGGAUCGCUUGGAGGAGACGAAGCGCAGGAAACUAGCGCGGAAGUGUGAGAAACUCGUCGAGCUCAUGAUGGUCUCGGGCAUCCCGACGGCAUCGGGCUACGAGGAGCGCAUUCAGUUCUCCGAGAUGGAGGUCGUCGAUCGCGGAGCCAACGAAACGGGCCUGCUCGUCAACAUGCCCGAAGGGAAUGCAAUCCAUGGAUGGGAUAUCAAUGUCGCUGCCGUACGAAUCACUUCGGUCCGGCGCACCGUGCGCUAUCAUCAACAUGCGGAAUUCAUCCUGAGAGUGCGACGAGAAGGACAGUCGGACAUUUUCGUGGCCCGUCGCUACGGCGAUUUCGCCAGAUUUCACAAGCGACUGCGCACCGAGUUCCCCGUAAAGCCCCUCCCACCCCUCCCGCGCAAGAACAAAUCCUCCUCCACGAGCUGGUUCGGCUCCGCAGAUGACGAAGCGUCCUCGGUCUCUUCCGUGUCAACAGUGGGUACGAACGCCGUGGAAGACGGCCAUUCACCGCGGACCCUGGCCCCUGGGAAUCACCAUCAGCGCUCAUUGUCCCGAUCCUCGAUGCGGUCGUUGAGAUCGCCCAGAGCAUCGGGCGAAGGCUUGAGAGAAACGGUGCUUUACCGGGAAGACCAGAGGGUCUCCCUCCGGGCGUUCCUUCGCACCUUGCUGCAAAACAAGCGGAUAGCGGAGACAAAGACUAUGGAGGAGUUUCUCACUGCGGACCCCAUCACCCUGAACGAGGAGGAGAAGAUGGAUAUGCAGCGGAGGAAGGAUGUCGAUGCGAUCAGGAUCGAGGAACAAAAGCGAUUCUACGAAAUCGCCAGGGCACGCGCGGCUGAAUUGGACGUGUACAUGGAGAACUUCCGCCGAGAUAUCGUGGAGAGCAACGGGUUGACAAAGCUGUUCGCUGAAAUCAAGGAGAAACCAACAGUGCAGGACCUCAGUCCCCCAUACCAGAAGUUUGCCGAGUGGCUUCGGAUUGAGGUUGCUGCUACGCUCUAUCAUCUAUUCCUAGCCGAAGACAACUCACCCGAGUUGUUCGCACAGGCCAAGAGGAUACACUCCCUGGUCCCGUACACGCUUCUCAAAAAUGUGAUUCGGAUUGCCAACCCAGCGGCCGUCAUGGCAGGCGUGCUGGACCUCUUCCUGGCUCAGCCCUUCGGCUCGCGAUCGCUUCUCCAGCGCAUUUUCUCCAUGACCCUGCAUGAUGGAAUUAAGGCCUUCCAGAAGUCGAUUGACGCACUGGCGGCGAAGGUGGAAGAUCCCAUCCUCUGCCAGAAGUUGAAGGCCUUUACGGAUGCCGACGAAGAACUCAAGAAUGAGGUUCGCGCCGAGGCUGCUGCUGAAGAUGUCGAUAUCAUCGUGGCCAUCCUGCGCACCGACCUCCUGCCGCCGGAGCUGACCCCGGAGCAAUUUGGCAAGGUGUUUAAUGCCUACGUCGCCUGGACCCAGGCCGUGGAUAAUGUAGAGGCGGAGCUCCGGGAGGGUGCGCAUUGGUUCGCGAACCUGAAACAGUUGCUGAAGCUUUACACUCGUCAACGCGAUAAGGCUAUGAUGCUCAGCAUUGUCGAAGAACCCGUCACCCUGCAGCUUUUCCGCGACCUGUUCACCAUCUUCUAUGAGCCUCUGGUCCGCGUCUACAAGUCGGCCAACGUGUACAGCAGCAUCACCGACUUCGCCCGUUUUGCCGACGACGCCAUCUCGGUGAUAGAGAAAUGUCAGCGGCAGGAUGUGUCGGCGGACCCGAACCAGACGGUGCAGGCGUUCAUCGACCUCUGCGAACGUCAUCAGAGCAGCUUUUAUAAAUUUGUGCAUGAGGUGCAUCUGCACGACAACGGACUUUUCAGCUCUCUGAUGUCGUGGAUUGAGGACAUCCUGGAGUUCUUGCGCAAGGGGCCGCGCGGAGGUGAGCUGGACAUGAACGCCUUGCUUCUCGGCGCCAAGGAUGUUGGACAGGUGGACAAGGACAAGGCCCUCGAGGAGAUCAAUGCUCUGAUCCAAUGGCACGAGGACCGGAAACGGUGGCAUCUGAACAAGACCCGGCAGAAGAUGGCGGCGGAGGGGACGGGCAAUGAAGGCUACGUGGGCAACGCGAGUUUCCGGGGCAGCGACUUUGGUCUGGACGAGGGCGAGCUCGAAGACCUUAGCAUCUCGGACGCGGAGUCUGAUCCGUCAGACGAGCUGGACGAGGAGGAGGAUCUCGACCCGAUCUCGGCGGAGCGCAGACGGCGGGUCAAGCAGCAGGACCAGCUGCGGCGCACGGCGGGCGAGCCGGUCAAGCCGGAGGUGCAAGAGAUCCUCAAGCUGUCCGACUCGUUUGGGGUCAUGUUACGACAGGUGCUGGCGGAGUAAUGUGGGGGUGCAUGUGCGGUUGCAUUGUUGAGAUACCCUAGAGUCUAUACACAUGCCUCGUAUACAUCGUUGGUUUUGGGACGCUUUGAUGGCUUUGCUGCUGGAGGGUGGGGGGGGGGAUAGACAAGAUCUGCUAAUGAUUGGGGCCUCCUGAAUGUUGCAUCAUACUAUUAUUAUAGAGAUAAACCAGGAAUG